AUGUCGUCAAUUGACAGGGAAGAGUCCCGUGACCGGGAGCUUGUGCUGAGACAUCACCCCUCAUUAUCUGACUCUGGUCGCGCUUCGGUUCCUAUGUGGGAUAGCUCUGACCCGGAUCGCGCACCCCCUCCCCUCCCAUUGAAUCCCGGGUCUAGCCCCGCAACAAAACCUACCACUUCCAAGAAUAUUGCUGCAGCUGCCGAAGCUUUGACCGCAAAAGCCAGAGAAAGCGCUUACACAGUCAACCCGUUGCCGAACAGAUCCCCAGAGAAGUCACUGAUCAAGGGGCAACCAAACAAGCGCCUGCAGCCAUUCCAUAACACCAACGGCGGUCUACGAAACAGCUAUGUUGAUGCGCUAGGAUCUCUUGACAGGUCCCCCGCGAGGUCACCGGAGAGAUCACCGGAACGAUUGCCACGGACACAAAGCUUCGAUCUCGAGAACCGAUCUCCAGAAAGGAGUCCUACCCGGUCAGGGACGGCUACACCUACACCAAAUGGUCGAGACACCCCGAGCCUUCGACGACCUCCCCCAAAAGCCAUUUUGGGCGAGAACACACCUCCGUCUGCAACAAUGCUUGCGUUGCAAAAUUUGCCUACACCAAAAGAGCCGGACACCUCUCUUUCCAACAUUACUAACAACUCUACUCCAAAUAUUCGGAGUUCGCAGAACUUCGAUGCUAUCUCUACACAGAUCUUGAGUCUGACAAGCAUCGCUACAAAUUUGCAGCGCGAAAUGGCCCAGCUCAGUCGACGAAGCAAGGACAAUGCAACGGAUUUGAUCAGCCUCAAGGAAGCCACAAAUUCUAGAGAUGAAGAUAUUCGUAAGAGUCUUCGAGACCUUGUUUCCAACUUGUCUUCGCGUCUUCUCGACCAAGAAGCAGGCAAUGGCUCGCGUACAGCUAGUAGCUAUAGUCGAGGUCCAGGCAACCUCCUGGAUAAUAAACCCUACAUCUCCCCACAGGGCAUGUCGAAGAGUUUCUCACUUCCGAGGAUACCAAGUCCCAACAGUGCUCUCGCGGCUUCAAUCGAUCGAGAGAUAUCUGCUUCCCCAUAUCAAAUGGAAGGAGCUGCAAGCAUAGCCCUCUUGGAGAAGAUCCUACGGGAAAUGGGUACCAAAGAAGGUCAGGAACGGGUAUUAACUAAUUUGUCAGAACUUCAACAUGCGCAGAAGUUUAAAGAAUCAGAUCCCACCGUUGUUAAGAAGUUGGAAGAAAUCUUGACUUUUCUUAAGGACAGCACCGGCAGCAGAGCACUUGUUCCUCGAAGAGACAACGGUAAUGGUGUUGAAAAUUCACCGCCGAAGCUUACGCUCGAUUUUGAUCCUCAGCCCGUACGCAGAGUGUCGCGUGAUAUUACGCCCCAGCAGAUCACCCCACAGCUCGCCACUGCCAGGGCACAGCAAAACGCCAAAGCCGCAGGCUUUAUCAACGAGGACAUGCAGAAGCUGUUAAAGAAGAUGAAAGACAGUAUCACAGAAGGUGGUGGGAUGACUGCUGAGGUCAAAGCACACGUGCGUGAACUUCGUGGUGAAGUACUUGGUAUGGGUCGUGAUAUUGCUCGGAAGCUCGACCAGGCAGAAUCAACAAGCCAGACAAAUCGAGAUGACGCCCAGGGACCUGGCCGCGAGGAAAUAGCUCACAUCGUACAAGAAGGCCUGGCGGCAUUGAGAGAUCAUAUGGAGAACCUGAUGAAAGAGAAGCGACGACAAUCUUCUUCGUCCAUCAUGUCUCGUCACUCGGUGGACAGUCAGGAGGUUUACACAGCUGUGAAAAACGCGUUGAGCGAGUUCCCAUUGCAGCAGCAGGUUGCUUUGCAACAUCCUGAAUCUGGCAUUGAACGAGAAGAGAUUCUCGAGGCUGUUCGCGAAGCUUGGGAAACCUACAAACCAGAAAUCGAACUGCAAAAUUUCGGCUUGGAGCGUGACGAGAUCCUCCAAUGCCUCAAAGAGGGAUUGCAACAGUACCAACCUCGGGAGCAGGCGAAAGACCUUGGCGGUGCCAGCUAUGAUGAAGUUCUUGACGCUGUCCGGGAAGGCUUGCAAGAUUUCAAACAGCCUCCCCCGGUCGACACCGAAGCUAGUAUCACCCGAGAGGAGAUAUUGAUGACAGUGAGAGAGUGCCUAGAAACCUUCGAUUUCCCGGCUUCGAAUGUGGGAGUGGUGAGAGAGCCAGAGAUGACACGUGAUGAUGUUUUAGAUGCUGUCAAGGAAGGACUCACCAACCAAGCCUCAAUAUCGAAAGAAAUUGAGUUCAACCGAGAAGAUCUGUUCGAGGCUGUCAAGGCCGGUCUUGAGGGAGCUCCAACGCCAAUGGGUGGAGUCGGAGAGAAAGUGCUAGACAAGAUGGAGGAUCUCAUUGACGGCAUGAGAGACGAGUUCAAACAGUACUCUGUCGCGAACGGUGGUGACACUGAACAAGUACUUGAUGCCAUGAAGGAUGGUCUCGAAGUGCUCAGAGCAGACAUUGAGACUUACGUCGACCGCGCAGCCGACGUCACCGGCAAAGAUGAAAUCAUAGAAACUAUCAGAAGUGGCUUGGAUCAUCUAAAGUUGGAUCUUGAGGCAAGUAUCGCUAAUGCUCCUCGUUCCGUCGAGCAGAACAAUAGCGGAGAAAUGUUAGACGCAAUGGAAAAGGAAUUCGAACAUCUUCGACAGACUAUCGCAAUUUCAAUGGUCCACUCUGGCGGUGGCGGCGUUGAACGGGAGGAUAUUCUAGAGACCAUUAGGGAAGGCCUGGCACAGAUCCCAAACAAAAUACCGCUAGAGCAGAACCCUGAGGCUACAGCUGAAACCAUUGCUGUUAUGAAGGAUGAAUUUGAGCAUCUCCGCGAGACGCUGGGCACAACGCUGGUGAGAGGAGGUGCGUCAGCAGACAGAGAGGAAGUGCUGGAAGCUAUCCGUGACGGCCAUGAAUCUCUUCGUGCUGAGUUUGAAAGAAAGCAUGAGAGGCCCGAAAGUGUUUUCUCCGGUACUGGCGAGCUUCUUGACGCUCUUAAUGACGGACUCGAUGGGCUUCGUGGCGAUGUGGAGAGGAUGGUCAACAAGCCCCUUGACAUGACCGUCAACUAUGAGAUCCUCGAGACACUCAAAGAGGGUCUAAUUAACGUGAGGGCUGACCUUGAUCGUCUGCAUACAGCUCAGAGUGAACAGCUCGGUUUUUCUAGUUCGAGGGAUGGUGAAGUCGUUGUUGCCGAUCCAGAAGCCGAAGGCUUGCGUAGGAAUGAUAUCGGAAAUCUAGAGAUGAUGAUCACCCAGCUCAGGAUUAAAGUCGAGGCCCUGGAUAGUAUGCCACCACCGCCAACAGCCUAUCAAAGUGCCGAGGGAGCCAUCGCUAAAGAGCACAUCGAAGGACUAGAAGCCAUGGUGAGAGAUGUCCAAGCUUCUGUCGCGGACAUUGUUCAAGGGGGGCGAAUCCAGAACGAGAACACUGCCACUAAGGAUGACACGGAAGCCAUAGAAACCCUUUUGCGGAAUACGAAAGCCAGGAUCGACGAGAUUGGAUUCUCUGACUCGGAAGGCCUGGCGAAGGUAGCCCAUUUCGAAUCUCUCGAAUCCAUCCUCAACGAGACUCGGGAUGCUGUGCAUGACUUUGGCUCGGAUGGCGCCUCAAAGAAAGACAUCGGCGUUCUGGAAGCUUUACUCAAAGAAGUGCGCGCCGAUCUUGAAGACAUGCGCGAGAGGAACCCUGACGAAGACGCUGGCGAUAGGGUCAGCAAGACCGAUAUUGAAGCUUUGGGGACUCUUUGCAUGGACACCAAGACACAAAUUACUGAACUCGAGCUGCCCGAUGUCGAAACUCUUCCAACAAAAGCCGACAUGGAAGUGCUCAAUGGUCUCAUCCAGGACUUCACCCAGCAGGCCGACGAAAAGCAUGAACUUACCGCACAAGCUUUUGAGGCACGCAAGAUCGAGCACGGUGGAAUAGCUGACAAAAUCGAGGAUGUCAAAUUGAUAUUCGAAGAUGUUCGAGAAGAGCUUAAGGCUCGGAUCAAUGACAGUCAUCGCAGUGUGCAGGGCCUGGCCAAGGCAUUGGAGAUGGUGGGCGAGACCAUCAUGUCUGCAGACUCGACCGCUACAGUAAUGGAGCUCCUGGAGACCGUCAAGCGCGGAUUUGAAUCCGUCCAUAGUGCCUCUGCAAGUGGUAAGGAAGAGAGCGAACAAAAUCACACCAUUCUGCUGGACAAACACAUCGAGGUCAAGGAUGCCAUUAUCAAAGAUCUGAACAUGAAAAUCGAUGAAUGUUUCGACCAAAUCAUGACCAAAUAUGAUGACGCUCAGCUGGCUGCCCAAGAGAAGGAGCGAGCCCUUGGAGGCAAAGAUGUCCAACAGACUCAAGCUCUCAUCGCAACGAAAACCGCUGCUGAAGACCUUAGAAUACUCGUUGAUGCACUUGGCUCGACUGUCACAGAGUCCUGCGAUCGGAUGAGUGAAGACUCGAAGACAGUAUUCAGCCGCGUUGAAGAGGUAGGCCUGAAACUCGAUGACCUACUUGCUCUGGACGGCAAAUCAGAGCACCAAGCCACGCGAGCAGAGAUCUCCAAGACGCUUACAGGCGUAGAAGCUGUCCAGGCGCAUGCAUCAGAGUACCAGCCUAGAAUACUGGAAGCUAUUCGAGACGUCCUGGGUAUCGUAGGACAGCAUUAUGAACAGACAAAGGUUUCUGCAGAGGAGAUCAAAACGAGCGUCAAAGCAAUACCAGCCGCCAUACCAAUACCCGCGAUUGCCCCCUCUUUGCCUUUGCCAGAAAUGAUAAGAGAGGCUCCCAUAACUGAAAGGUACGAUGACACGGGGGUUCACGCAAAGCUUGAUCAACUAGUUGCGCAUGCUACGGAGGCAGGCCAGUCUGUUGCAGAGGUCGCCAUGCUUGAGCAAAUCCGAGAACAAGUCGCCUUCACGGCGUCUCAGGUCGAUGCGUUUGCCACAGCUCAAAAAGCCGCCACUACAGAGACCAAGAAUUCGAGAGCAAAGGAGGCAGAAGAGAUUGCCAUAGCUUUAGAGAAAAGGACUGCUCAAAAGGAAAACGUUGAAACUGACAUCGUCCGAUUGUCUGGCGAAAAGGAAGGCCUUGCCAAGGAUGUCCAAGAACUCUUCAAGGAAAAGGAAGAGCUAUCGGCGCUGAAAUCAAAGAUGCAGGCUGAUCUUUCUUCACUUGAGACCGCACUUCAAAUCCGGCGUGAAGAGCUACAUGUCAUGGAAGCUAGAGCGGAUGGCCUUGAGCGACGCAUCCUUGAUGGGGUUUUGGAUCACUCUCGUUCGUUACUCACAACGUCUAGACCACAGUCCAGCCUGAAGGAGAUGAACCUCAAGAGGGUCGUCUCAACAGCUAGCAACGCUACAGCAAGCACGAGAGCCAGCACUGUUGCAACUACCAUACCAUCAAAAACAAUUAGCGCCGUGAGCAGCGGUGUCGGCAUGGCCUUAAAAAGACGGCCACCUCCAAGAGCAUCAGGAACGAGCACGUCAUCCGUUAAAGCUGAUCGGCGAAUCCUCAGCUUGAGUACUUUGGGCGCUAACAAGGGCGCUGCGGGUGAGCGAUCAAUGGUCCUUGCCAAUCCUUCCAUCACCGGUGGUACUACCAAAGCAAGCGGAUGGGGCGCUGGUGGACUGAAGAGAAGCCACAGCGUCAAAUCCAACUUUCCAGUGCGGAAGACCAGCUGGAAUGGAACCAAGACACCGGGCAUGUAUGCAGACGAACCCAUAGAUGAAGGGGAUAAAGAGAACAGUGUGCUUGAUGAAGAAGAUGAGGAGGAUAUCGAAGGGAGCGAAGCAGGAACGGAACGGCGGACCAGCUACUCGGGCACCUACAGCGGGACUGGAAGCUAUGGAGACGGCAGUACCAUAGCCGACGAGGAUAAACGAACCAGCUACGCAGCCUCGACGAUAGGGACCGUUGGUUCUAGGGACUUAGCUACAACAGCAGAUGGAGAAGACGAGUCGCAACUCGAAUCUGCACAUGAAGAGGAGGGUGAGCAAGAUGAAGACGGGCUUUACUUGGGAAGAGAUGCAUACCAAGGGGAUGCGGCAGCGGCGAAAGGGGAGAUCAGCAACGCCGGCGAGAUGGUCGUUUUCGGGCCGCCUACUGACAGUGGGAUUGGGACGGAUAUUCCUACUGCACAGCUUGAAGGCGGUAGCGACUAUUUCAAGAGGUAUUAG